CCCCACCCACCCUUGACAACGCCGCUCACCGCUAACCCCCCCCCCUCUCUCUCUUCAAUUUUUCCAUCUCUCUAUUUCUUCUCUUCCCAAACUCUCUUUGCAUCUCUCACCCUUACAACGACAAUUCCCACACUCUCAGGGGAGAGCUCGCCGAUUCGACGGGGACGAAGAGGUUGGGUUGUUAGACUUUGGGUUGUUCUCGGCUUCUCGCCAAAUCGACGAGAGGGGAUUGGCGACCGACGGUGGCGACGGAGACUUGUGAUGGGGACUGGCGAAUAUGAAGAUGCGACGGGGAACGACGAUAGGGCUUCCUCUCUGUUUGUUCAGUCGCAUGAAGAUGAAGACGAGAAUGAAGAAUUAGAGUUAGGGUUUAUUUUUCAGGCAACCCGUAGUUUUUCCCUUUCCGUUUUUUUAAUUAAACCAACUGGCCGAAAGGAAAAAUGGGGUGCUCGAUUCGAGCGGCUCGAGCGGUUAACCAUCUCGGCCGCUUGCUGACUGCUUCUAAAAACCGUUCCGACUAAAUGAGUGUUCCAAGCCGAUUUCGAGUCCGAGUGCUAGUUUUACCAGUCAGACCUACUAGCUCGGUUCGACUUUAAUAACACUGGUUAUUUCCCUUGUACCUGCUAUAUAUUAUGAAAUACUAUUUGACAUGAUAUAUAAUUAUAUAUGUUUGAAUAAAAUGUGAAUUAGAUGUCAAAGGGACACGUGUUCGCAUCGUACAAGAUCCAUUUCUUCAGUUCACUAGUAACGGUUGCAGCUGAUAAUUUCCUUCCAGUCCAGCGGAACUGCAAACCUCUCUUUGCUUCGCCGUCUCCCCGCAGAUCAGAAAAGGAGCUCACAGAUAGGCGAAGGGGAAUCUACUCAUUAGAGAAAACCAGAAGGAAGCAGAGAUCUAGAUCCGUCAAAUUCCCCGGCGUUCGGGAUUCCCGUCGUCGACGAAAUGUCUUGUCUCGCUCUCUCCCUCCAACCGGCCAAUGGAUCCGACAUCCUGAUCCAGACCCGGGAAUGGUUCCCUCCGGCGCGAGCCCUAGUCGCAACCUCUGCCUUCCGCCAGACUCGCCUGGCCUUCGCCGCCACCAAACACCCCGCCGCACCCAACCACAACCGCUCCUCCUCCGCCGAUGACUACGCCCCUUCUGUAUCCUCCGAUUCCCUCUCCUCCCUCGGCGACGACCCCCUCGCCGCAUCGAGCGGCCAGCUCAUUGUCGGCGUGGAGAGCCAGUACCGCGUUGUCUACCGCCUCGUCAAUGGGAUAUACGUCCUCGGGAUCACGAUCGCCGACCACGACAACUCCGUCAACGUCUUCGAGUGCAUCCACAUCGUAAACCAAGCGGUCAGCGUCAUCGUCUCGGCCUGCCGCGGCGUCGACGUCACGCCGGAGAAGCUGAGCCGGAAGUACGCCGAGAUCUAUAUGGCGCUGGAUAUCGUUCUCCGAGGAGUGAGCAGCAUCCGAUUGGCGGCUAUGCUGGCUUCGAUGCACGGGGAGAGCAUUGCGAAAAUGGUACACUCUGCGCUAGACACGGAAAGCAAGAUUCGCGGCGGGGAGAGCUGGCUUGCGGUGGAAGGUCACGCGAUUGAACACGAAGGCAGCGUGGAAGCGUUCUCCAAUGCAAUAUUCGAGCUGCCGCCAGAGACGCUCGCUGCGGGAGAUGAAGUAGCGGCCAGCCUUGCCCCUGCGGUUGUGGAGCAAUUGGAGAAGAAGGAAGAGAAAGAGGAAGAGAAGGAUGGACCUAAAGAUCCUUUUGCCGCCAGCGAGGCGGUAAACAAACAGGAGGAUCUUGCUGGUGAGUUCAAGAAGGAUAAGAGCCAGGGUAGCGAUUUGACCCUUGCUCUAGCUGGGCUGGAGGUUACGACAUUGCCGCCUGCUGAAGCUACUCAAGCUACUCGUAUUGCUGUGGAGGGGUUCGAAGGGGAUUAUGGUGGGAUUGAGUUCAGCAACGAACAGACUUCUCUGGGAGAGACGUUUGAAGGGUUUAGUGAAGCUUGGGGUGGUGGAUUAGAUGCCUCAGAGUUUGUAGGCACCAAGAAAAUUCCAAAGCAGCAAGGUCUUGGUGGAUUGGAAUUGCUUCAAACAGGUGCUGAUCCUGCGGUGGCAGCAAAGGCCGCUGCAGCUGGGGGUGGAGAUACUCCUCUCGAGAAUCUCUUGGUCCAGAAAACUGAAAUGAAGGGACCUGAAAUGUACAUUGUUGAAGAAAUUAGUGCCGAGUUUAGAGAAUCGCUGCUUGCGAGAGUUGGGUUGAUGGGUGUAGUUUAUUUGAAAACGUUGCCAACCAAACAGUCUGGCGAUAAAGAAACCGAGUUUUCAUUCCGAGUUGAUAACACAAAACCAGUCAAGCGGUUUGUUAUGCACAGUUCAAAGGUCAGUAGCCUUGGUAAUGGAAUGUUUCAUGUUAGGACUGCUGCUUCAGAUGAACCUAUCCCGAUAUUGAAGUAUAGUUUGUUCCCUAAGUCUACUCCAUUGCCAUUGAGGGUCCGUCUAGUUCAACGUCAUAGUGGGACCCUUUUCUCUGUCAUGAUCCAGUACGUCUUGAAUCCAGAUUUGCCUGUACCAUUGAAGGAUGUGACAUUUGUUUUGAAGUUGCCUGUUGAUCCAUCUUUGUUGAAGGUUUCACCCAAAGCAGCAUUGAAUAGGUCUCAGAAAGAAUUGAAAUGGGUUGUGCCAGAGAUUGCACUCAAAGGUGCUCCUGGUAAAUUGAGGGUGAGGAUGCCUGUUGACUCGAGUGAAGGAGAAGGUGACGAAGAGAUAGAGGCAGUUUGUUAUGUUAAGUUCUCCAUGGAAGGAACUACCUCGUUAUCUGAGAUUUCUUUGCGGCCUGCCUCGGAGGGGAAUACAGACUUCUAUGAGGUUAAUCACAGGUACCAGAGUGGAGUUUAUAUGUGCAAUUGACCAUUGAUGAGAUAACCUUUUCUUUUUCUGGGAUAUUAUUGGGUCUUGUUUCUCCUUAUUGAGGUUUUUGGUUCCGUUUCAUUGUAGCUUACUUCCAUGUCAAGCUUGUAACCUAGACUGCGGUUGCUGUGAAAAUAUUUGUGGUGUUGUGUUGUUGGUUAAUAUUUUUGUAAUGGAUAGUUCAACUUUUACUUACUAUAUGUCUAUACUUCUUUGCUUUGAAGUUGUUCAUAAAAUCUUUGGAUUUUGGUGAUUUUUUUUCUUUUUCAUUUUCUGCUCGAGUAAAUUAUCUGCUUGCAUGUGGGGCAAGAACAAAGAGAACAUGGAAAAAAGGAAGAAUUAGAGAGAUGUACUCGCUGCAAACUGCUGAGUUGACUGCUAGAAAGAAACUAAACAUCAUUCCAACUAAUACUGAUAUUGCUCCUAGCUAAAGCAUUGCAAUUAUGUCUUUAAGAAGAGAAAGAGAGAGGUUUUGAAUCAUGAAUUUCGGAACCAGAUCUCAACAAUAUAGUUGCCUUACCCAUGCUUCUCUUUAUUUCCUCACAAGAUGAGUUCUGGCGUCAUAACUUCGUUCUAACGAUAGUAUAACGCGUUGUAGUAAGUGACAUGGGAUGUUAUCCGUUGCUGUAGGAGGAAUACUUGACUAUCUAUGUUAGGAAGAAGGUUCCAACAAGUGCUUUCAUGAUUUUUGUUGUAGCUGGUUUAGGUGAAAGAACACGUUACAGAUGGCAUUGAUUCGUUGAGAACGUAUUGGCUCAACAUUGCAUGGCAUUAGACACAUGCUGAUGCUUUAAACUUCGUUCUCUAUUUGGACUGUCAGUGCUGAGCAUGUCUGUUCUUGAAUGUUUUCGUUGCACAAUCAUCCUUGGUGCUAAGUGUUUGGCUUUUAGAAAUUUUUGCUUUGAGGUGGGGAAGGGGUACUGUGUCCCAAACUUGUGCAGUGCAAAGUUUGCUCUUGAACUUACACUGAAAGUUCGCGCAUUGCUAGCAUGUCAUUGUGAAUAUUAUAUUACAUGAGCAGUGUGUUUUGCAUGUAUGCUAGUUGGUAACAGGUCUACCUGGUGAAGAGAAUUGCCAGCUGUGCAUGUUUGUUAUCUAAUGGUUAAUGGAAUUCCGAUGGUGGUGUUCAAAACUGUUGCUUUGUUUAUUGUGUAUGAUCACCAGAAGAUUCACUAGCAAAAAUGACUGAGAAGCGAUCCAAAAGCUAUGCUGGAUCGUUGAGCUUUGUUGUUAUAUUAUUUGGGAAUGUGGCGACAUGCAGGUUUGGCCGGCUUAAGACUGCUGUUAUAUUGUCUCACGGGGUCUGGUAGUAUAAAUAUUUGUCAAGUUCGUGAAUAUUAAGUUUUGACGGUAAUUCAGUUCUGAAUUGCCUAAAAAAUUAGGACAAAAAGUUUCUGAUGUUGGCAACUUAUCAUGAUCCGAGGAGGCAGCAUGGUUAGUGAAUUUCCAAAUUAACUUGUUUGGUUUUUCCAUUCUGUUGUAUAUCCAUUGCUUAUUUAGCGUUAUUGUCUGGUUUAUUUAAUUUAUGUUUCAGCCAGGAGCAGAACAUUCAUCUAUCUGGAACGCCACUGUGUCUUGAUUGCUGGUAAUCAUUGAUAGCUAUUCCUCACAACUAUGCAGAAUUUUCCCUAUUGAGAGUGUUAGCUGUCUAUCUGCAAGCUCUGAUCUGCUGCCAUUUAAUGAGUUAAUGCUCCUGUGCUUGGAGAAAUAAUCUUUGUGUACUGUAUGCUGUUAAUCUAGUACCGAAUGCAUUGAAUAAGAGCUUAGUCUAUACAAUUUGAUCGUAAUUAUUCUUUGUUGCAUGAUAUUGCUUUUGAAUCAAACAGACUAUCUGUACUCCCAUGAAGGGAGUGACAGGAGAAGUCAUAUUGCAACAUUACAGUUGGAGACAGAGCACAAUAAGGUCAAUAAGUAAAUCAUUUGUUGAGGGGUAGGCAAGUCAAUCUGAUGCAGUGGACAAGUGUCCAAAUCAUGGUGUCUUAUCUUCUUGUGUUAGCAUCUUCUGCAAACCGCAGGGGUCAAUGUAUGAGCCUUAAUCUCAGCAGUUCAGAGAAGAUUCAUACACUAGAAGAUAAUAUGUGACUUUUUAACACUUGUCCAGUAUGUCAUUUUACUUGGCCGCCCUCCUCCCGAAGCACCCUGGGGUUACUUGUUAGGCUCCUCGACCCCUCUGCCUCCAGCCACAAUGUUGUAAUAUACAUCAUCCAUGUCUCUCUCUCUCUCUCUUGAGUACAAAUUUAAGUUUCUCUCUGUCUCAAUGAGUACUAAUCAUAUGUUUGGUUCUAUUGAUAGUGCCACGGAUCGAAGGAGGAAUGAGUUGGACUGUGUCAACUGAGCUCUUGGCUGAUAGGGACAGCUAGAGCAUUAAUAAACAUAUUCAGAAAAAGGUACACCUCCUACUUUAUGAAUGACCAAGUUUUGCUGUUCUGCAAUAAGUUCUUAUAUUUUGAUGUUGGAACUAUUUUUAGGAACGUGAUAUUCAUGUCUUAGUCUCCCCCAUAACUAAAAGAAGAAAUGCAGAAGGGCCACAAAGAUGCUGUGUUUUCAUCUUUUGCAGUUAAUAUCCUGAAAUCUUCCCUAACGUAUGCUACUACUCUGUAGCAUGGAAAUGGUUGACAGAAAGAUCAGCAACUUUGUUCAUGCAUUACACAUCAUCUUCCAUUAUGAUUAUUAUUCUCCCCUCGAGUGGUCUUCUAAGUGGCUUCCUCUGGUCUUAAAAACUCAACAGUUCCUAGAUUUUGACAUCUCGCGAGUGUGGUUUGUCUGCUCUCUUGCUUUCUUUCUGACCCUUAGCAGCUAGACUGUAGUUGGUAUUACUGUAGCCCAUGCCCCUUAAUUCGUUGUAUCCAAUGAUCACUCUUAUUAUGGUCCUUUUGCACGAUUGUCUGCUAGUUAUAGAAAAGGAACAAAAGAAAGGGCGGCUCCCCAUCUCCUACCUGUGUACCUUACGACACACUCUGUGCUGCAAGAGCAUAGCCACUAAAUCUGUUAUCAAAUGGUCUCUGUUUCAGAUAUUUUUGAGAUCCUGGAACAUGGUAGAUCCCCAGAAGAAAAGGGUGAAGUACUACAACCUUGGAAACCUCGAGGGGCAAAAUCGAGCUUUAAUGAUAUCAUUCACAGGUUUGUACCACUUUAAUCUUCCCAUUUGAUCCAUGAGAAUGAAACAACUUGUGCUUUAUUUUGUUGACUCGCUUGAUCCUUGGUCGUUCAUCGUCACUCAUUUAUGCAUGUACUUGGAUUGAUUGCUUCUCAGGUACUCAUCUGAAUUCCGCGUUGCUGGGAAAAAUGGUUGUCAGUUAUGGCAGCGAGAUGAACAGAGGUCUCGAAUGACGCAACCUGACGCCAUAAUCUAGAAAUCAGACUCCUGUAAGUGAAGUACUACAUGGUCGAACCCUAAUCAUUGAUUCUUUUUCUCAUGCAAAUUCGUUGUUUAAUUUGAAGAAGAAACAAAACAAGCUCAGGCUCCAUGAUAACAGCAAUAGUAACAACGACAAAACUUAGUUAUCAAAUAGUAGCUGGUGAUAAUGCUAUGUGCUAUUUGUUAGAAUCCAAUAGGAUGGUUGCUCUUUUAUUGUUUUUCUUUCUGGUUAGGGAUAUGGAAAUUGGUGGUUAUAAGAUGAUUGGUCUUUUUUUCUUUUCUUUUCUUUUCUUUCUUCCCUAACAUGAUUUAGGAAUGGGCCAAAUCUCCAAACAGUGAAAGCCUCUUGUAGUGAUAAAUGGGCUAGUGGCCACUUUCAUGAAAAGAGAAAAGAAAAAGUAGGUUAGCGACAUUUAUUAAGCUCCUCUUAGCACUGUCGUUUAAUUUGUUUCUAGUCCUCGAGUGAAAUUUUUUACCCAACCCAUGUUCUUAGUGAGUAGACUCUUGAUGAUGCGCAGGACUAUAUUUGUUAAAAUGUCCAAGUACAGGGACUAGGAUAGGAAUACUAUCAAUCCAAAAAGUUAGGGGGGGAACUUUUGAAAGGGGGAAUUGAAUGGAGAGUAGUUAGCUGGUACAGUUUGUUGUCCCUCAGGCUCACACAAAUGUUGAAGGUGCUAAAGCUGAAGGAAAGAGACCCCAUUGACAGCUUUUAUUUUGUCACUUGGUAGUCACAAUAUGUAUCUGUCCGUCCUAGGUACAUUUUUUAGGCAUAAUCGAUUUGAUUUAUAGAGUCUCGCAUUUGGUAUAGCUAUGUUAGUUAUGCUAGGAAGACGCAAAAGAUGUAAUGGAUAAAGAAUAGGGUUAAUUAAUACCUUAUUCUGGCCCGGCCCGAAUUAUGAUGAUAUAAUCAAUUUUGACCCGUGAUUUCAUAAAUUAACAUCCAGACCUCAAUUAUGCACCAUAUAUACUCAAUUGGCCUGAUUCGGGAAUUUUCGUCAAAUUAGGCGGUCAAUAUUAUUGACUGUUAGUGAAUCAACAUGCUACGCUGAUGUAGAUGCCGUGUGAAAAAUAAAAAUUAAAUAUUAAAUAAAAAU